AUGUCCGAAGCUGGCGAUGAAGAUCGUGAACUCUACGUGGAAUUCGACAAUUCCAACGAAGUAUUUCUGCCGGGCCAAUUGAUUUCCGGACGUGUCAAAUUCCAGACUGAAAAGAAAUACAAAGCGAGAGCUGUGAAUAUCAAAUUCGAGGGAAAAGCUCAUACAACUUGGGAUGAAUAUGAAUCGAGAAGAUAUACGUGGGUUUUUAAUUAUCGAAACUCUCAUCGGUACCACGCGCUCCAACACGCAACGCAGACCGCGUCGCGCCACAACACCGACAAAUAAGGGAACGAUUCAUGAAAUUCCCUCCCUUUUUGUGUGUUGUGGCGCGACGCGGUCUGCGUUGCGUGCUUAUUUCGGUUUUUGAAAAAAUAUCUGAAAUUUUCAGUGGAAGUGACGGAGAAACACAUCAUAGUCGAGAAAGAAUCCCAUAUUAUUCAACUGUGAUUUUUGCCGAUUUUCAAAAAAUGCUCUGGUCUUGCACAAAUGAUGAUAAUAUAAUGCCAGCUGGAAAUUACAUUUGGCCAUUUAGUUUUGAAGUUCCGCCAUAUUGUCCGCCAAGUUUUGAAGGGGAAUAUGGAUAUAUUCGAUAUUCAGGUAAAAAUACAAAAAUGCGCAAAUAAACACGCAACGCAGACCGCGCCGCGCCACAACACACACAAAAAGGGAGGGAAUUUGAAUCGUUCCCUUAUUUGUGUGUGUUGUGGCGCGGCGCGGUCUGCGUUGCGUGUUUAUUUCGGUGGAGCGCGUGGUACCUAUGUGGCCGAACUAUUUUGGUGGCCGAGAAAUGUGGGGAAUUCGGCCAAAGCAACAAACUCGUUGCGAAAAUCCGCAUUGGCCGAAUUCCCGGCAUUUCUAGGCCACCGAAAGAGUUCGGCCAUGUAUUUUUUUAGUUCCUUGCUGAAAAUAAUCGCCUUUUUUCCAGUAAAAGCAGAAGUCGAUCGACCAUGGAGAUUUGAUGAUACAAAAAGACGAUGUGUAACUGUUUCACCUUGGUUAGACCUGAAUCAAAUACCUGGAACACUUCAAGCACUUCAUGAUGAAGAUAGUGAAAAUGUUGGAUGUUGUUGUUUUAAAAAAGGAUUUAUCGAGAUUAAGGUUGAUAUUCCGAAAACUGGCUUUGUUUCGGGUGAAAUUAUUCCAAUUCAUGUGCAUGUUUUGAAUCGAGGAACUGUUCCGGUUAAUAUGGUGAGUUAUAUUUUUUUGAAUUAAUUAAAAAUUAAUUAAAAAAUCAAUAAUUACUUAACGCAAUUCAAAAUUUCAACAACUAGUCUAUUUUUCAUCACAAAAAAUUGAAAUUUUCUGUGAUUAUACAUACAGGGUGGCUGAUAAGUAUACAACGUUUUUCAAGCCCUUCCCAGAAAGCCCCCGAUUGUCAUUUUUCUUAUGUUAAGUGUUGAUCGGAUAGUCCAAUGAGUCUAGAAAGCUAAUGUGAGAGUGUUUUAAGAAAAGUUCAUUUCUGGGUGUGUAUUGGUGAUUUCAGCUGAAAAAGGUACAUUUUACAUUGAUUUUAGGUCAACUUUCCUCUAUCAGAACUUUGUGAAAAACGAAGAAAUCAGUUAUAUACAACCAGACACACUUUUUAGACAUCCUUAUGUUCCAUUUGCAGCAUUCAUAAACCUUAUUCAAAAAAAAUUCAGUUCAAGAGCACCUUCUCAGAAAAUCGGAAUAUGUGUGCGGCGCGAAACUGUUGUUUUUUGAGUGUUGACAGUUUAGCGUACUGUGAUAUGAGCUAGAGCUUAAAAUGAGAUCUCAACUUUCUGAAUAUGAACAAAUAUGAUGUUCUCAACCCAUUACAAUCAUCACAUCACGUUUUGAAAAUUCUGACCGUCAUAACUAUCAAAAUUUGCUAGACAUCUUCAUUUUUCGAAAAAUGUCACAUUUUAUCCGAAAAUUUCGGACUAACAAUUGGAAUCGUUAGUUUGUUUUUCUCAAACAUCUACUUCUAUCCUAUCCAACAGGAAAAUAUUUUGAAAAUCCGCAGAAUUUCAAGUAUUUUGAAAAAAACAUUUUUUUUUCGGAAAAAUAGGAAAAAAGUGAUUUUUUGAGUUUUGACUUCGAAGGUUCUCCAGAAAUUCAAAAUGAUGAAUUUUUAUCAAAUGUGUACUGGAACAUUAAAAUUAAACCUCUGACAUUUCAAAAAGAAAUUUCCAUCUUUAUUGGCCCAUUUUGAGUCCGUUUAGAACACCCCGAACCUUACUAACUAGGGCGCCGCACCCCCUCAAUUUUUGUUCGCUAAAUCGGAAUCAGAACUGGGGACCAAUUAAAACAGCGAUUGAACUAUUAUCAAAAAGUGUUCGUUAGGUAUCUAAUAACACGAAAAAAAACAUCCUGAGAAAAAUUUCACGCCAAAUCAUUAGUUACAACUUAAAACACAGCGUUGUAUACUUAUCAGCCACCCUGUAACUAUUUUUUGCAAGCUGGCGCAAAAAUAUUCUCAAAAUGUCCAACUUGAAAAAUACCCAAAAGGGCUGAUUCACGAACGAAAAAAUUGUUUAAAAAUGUAAUUAGUUUUUGCGAGUUUUUCAGCCAAAAAUGAUGACAAAUCGGGAUUUUUCAAGCUUCUGGAGUAUUUUCUGAUUAAAAUUGACCUUGGAAUUCACUUUCCAGAAGUUUUUGCUGAUGAAUUUCGAAAAAAUUCAUGAAAUUCAGCAAAAAGGGGUUCUCGAAGCUUAUUUUCAUCAGAAAUUACUCCAGAAUCUUGAAAAAUAUCGAUUUUCAGCCAAAAAUGAUGACAAAUCGAUAUUUUUCAAGCUUCUGGAGUAAUUUCUGAUGAAAAUAAGCUUUGAGAACCCUAUUUUGCUUUAUUUUAUGAUUUUUAAACGAAAAAUCAGCAAAACCUUCUGGAAAGUGAAUUCCAAGGUCAAUUUUAAUCAGAAAUUACUCCAGAAGCUUAAAAAACCUCGAUUUGUCAUCAUUUUUGACUGAAAAACUUGGAAAACUAAUUUUGAUCUCAAAAUUUUCCAAAAAUAUCUAAAAAAAAUCCCCCCAAUUUCCAGGCCACCGUAAAAGUCUACCAAAACUCCAAAUACACCGCCGUCCGUCGUGGAGACACAAUAAAAUACACGGGAAUCUCCAGUAAUCUUCAAGUCUACGGUUCAAGUGAAAGAAAAGAGGCGCGAAAUAAGGUAGUAGAAGCCGAACAGAAAUUGGAUAUCCAGCCUGGAAAUCAACAAUCUCUAGAUCUACAAGUUCAACUUCCCUCAAUUGUUCCAUCAAUUUCUCAACAUUCACCAACAAUUAGUGUUGAUUAUACAGUUCAAGUUGAAAUUGACACUGAUGCCACUUUUAAUUCAUCUUCAAAAUGUGAAUUGGGAUUAUUGAUUGGCACCGUGCCAAUCCGCCAAUAUCUACCGCCUGUGAUCUAUCCUGAAAAUCCCGCAGCUCCUUUAAUGCCACCCCAGCCAAUAUCAUCGCCUGGACAGCCCGUGCCAAGUGCUCCACCACUUUAUGAAGAUUCAUUUUAUGGACCUGAUGGCACAAAAGUUGAUGCUGAUCAGAAUUCGGGACCUUUUGCUCCGAAAUAUCCGGUUUAUAGUGGAUUACCAAUUUAUAACCCAAGUGCACCGCCUAUGGAAUGA